AAGGUGCGGGCUACGUUCAAAUCAAUCCUAAUACAACGUGUGCGUCUGUGUAUUGUCGUCUCUCCCCACCCCCCCACUUCCGGUCUGUUCAUCCUCCAGCACCGACUGAGGCCAACAAAGCACAACUUGGAAAAGACAAAUAGAAAUAACCAGAUAUGGCUGCAAUCAGGAAAAAGCUGGUGAUAGUGGGAGAUGGAGCGUGUGGAAAGACCUGUCUGCUCAUCGUGUUCAGCAAAGACCAGUUCCCAGAGGUCUAUGUGCCCACAGUGUUCGAGAACUACGUUGCUGACAUCGAAGUUGAUGGCAAACAGGUGGAAUUAGCACUGUGGGAUACAGCCGGCCAGGAAGACUACGACAGGCUGCGUCCGCUGUCUUAUCCAGACACUGAUGUCAUUCUCAUGUGCUUCUCCAUCGACAGCCCUGACAGUCUUGAAAACAUCCCAGAGAAAUGGACUCCAGAGGUGAAGCACUUUUGUCCCAAUGUGCCCAUCAUACUGGUAGGAAACAAAAAGGACCUGCGCAACGACGAUCACACUCGCAGAGAGCUGGCCAAAAUGAAGCAGGAGCCUGUGAAGCCCGAGGAUGGACGGGACAUGGCCAACAGGAUCGGUGCCUUUGGAUACAUGGAGUGUUCCGCCAAGACCAAGGAUGGUGUGAGAGAAGUCUUCGAGAUGGCCACCAGGGCGGCACUACAAGCCAGGAGGGGAAAGAAGAGCAGUAAAUGUGCCCUGCUGUAAACUCCUGAAGGGAAGCGUUAGGUCAACCCCCAAACACACCUACACAAAGACUGUUCUCUCCAGUUUUUACUAAAAGGCUUUCAAGCUUUUACUUUUUUGUCUUAAGCAAGCGUAGUCAGGUUCUGUCAGUAUUUUUGAGGUGAUGGAAAGAUGCUUUUUUUGUACUUUAACAUCAGUAAAUCUGCCAUAAUCUGAAACCGUCUUUAUCAACAUUUACUUUGAAAUCAGUGAAGUCAGCCGGUGGACGCAUGGGCUCCAGCCUGCCAACAUAAGUGAGGUGCUUAUGCUCUGCUGCUGAUCCCGGGAAUGUUUCCACAGCCAACAAGGGCCGAACACCUUCUCGUCGCGUCGUCAUCGUUCCAGCUGUUGUGUGCCGCAUUUAUAAACCAUGUGUGCAUUAUGACCCUUGCACACUGAGACUGGAAGCUCAUUUUGUUAAAAUGCAAAUUAAAACUUAGUGUUUUAUGUAAUAAAUUACUUUGUAAGAAUCUUAA